AUGAUUAACUUGAUUUCAAAUAGAUUUACUUCUGCUGCAUUUGUAUAAUACAAAACUUGUUCUGGAAAGAUUCUCCGUUGUUACACAAACAUGUCAUCAGCAUCCAAAUAUUCAGCCAAAAGAAGAGGCUAAGAUAUCAUUUUGACUCCUAAAAGUGGUCAUGAAAGAACAUUAAUUUGGUUGCAUGGACUUGGAGACAGUGCUGAAGGAUUUUAUGAUGUUUUUGACUCACCUGUUGAUCCUACUCCUGAAAAGACAAAAGUAGUUUUACUUACAGCACCAGAAAGACCAGUUACUGUAAAUGAUGGUUUUGAGUGCAAUAGCUGGUACGAUAUCAAAAGUUUAGAUAAAAAUACUAUGAAAGAAGAAGAUCUUUACUCAGUAUCUGAAGUCAAAGAUAGUUAUGAAAUUAUUAAAAAGACAAUAGACGAAGAAGUACAAAUACUAGGAAACAGUAAGAAGGUUUUUAUUGGUGGUUUUUCUCAAGGCUGCGCAAUGAGUAUUUACACAGGCAUUACUUAUCCAAGCGUUCUUGGAGGUAUUAUAGGAUUAAGUGGGUACUUUUUCAAAUUCAUAGAAAUAAACAACUUAGAAUAAGCAAGAUACGAAAUGCCUAUUUUCCUUAGUCACGGAGAAUCUGAUGAUGUAGUUCCUUUCCUCUUAGCUAGAUAGAGCUACUAAAGACUUCUUUCCUAGUUUAAAAAUAGCAAAUUCUAAAGUGAACCUUUCUUACCACAUUCAUUAUAUCCAAAAUAAUUAGCUGAUAUUAAAAGUUGGUUUAACAAUUUGCCCAAAUGA